AUGCGCUGGGGAACCCAGCAGCUUGGUGCAACCAAAAACCGACAGCGUGUCACGAAAUCGUCAGAACCCAUCAGCGAUCCAGCAAUCAAGAUCUCGGACAAUCGAUCGCUGCCGAGACAAGCAUCUCUUCAGGUCUGUUUGCAGUUGGCGAAUGAAGGAAUCUGA